CAUCAACACCUGGACAUAUAUCCCAAACCCACCAUUUCCUUUGCAGUAUCAUCACUGUUUUAUACCCAAGCAACAGGGAGAGAGCGAAUAAGUCGCUCUGUUUUAAGCUAUGGCCAUUGAUCCCCCGGAGCAACCAUGGGACGAGAAGACGGAGAGGAAAUUCGAAGGGAAGGCGUAUAGCGAGUACUUUGAUCCGUGUCAGGAUUUGGCUACGAGGAGUUUGAAGUGUUUGCACCGGAAUGGCGGGCAAAGAGAGAUGUGCUCGGAUUACUUCCAGGCUUAUCGAGAUUGCAAAAAGCAAUGGCUUGCGGAUCGGAAAGACGCAAAGAGGAAGAAUGCCAAACCUUGGUUUGGCUCAAAUGACAAGCCUGAAGAGCCUUCAAAAUAGGCAGGUUAUUAUUACGUGUAGGAAAUUUGUACGAUAGGAGGAACGGCGGAGGAGCAGUUGAGAGGUGUUCGUGGUUAGAUCACAAAAACGGCUGUUCAAACGAGUGAGCAUUCGCACCACGAGAAUCAUCCUGUAUUUUAAAGGCAUAGGACUGUUUGAAACGAGUCUAUGUUAGUACUAUGUCUGCCAUUUGAAGGCUCUAUCUAAGAGUGGUAGGCUUGUCGUUAGAGCCCGGACGUACCAAACACAGCACAUCUAUUUGUACAUUAUAAGUUUAUCACUGAAUGGGCCAUUACUACUUUUAUUUCAAAUCAUCAAAUACGAG